UCUGUCUCUGAUCUCGACCAUGUCUGGCACGUCUGGCGUGCACGAAAAGGCGCGUGGGUGGGAGGCUGCGCGCGACGCGCUCGUCGAUGCGGCGGUGGCGGCGCACGACGAGGACACACUCCGCCGCCUCUCGGCCAUGCCGGGCGGGUUUGGGAGCCGGCCCGCCCGAUGCCGCGCUUGGCUCGAGCUCCUCCAUGUCGACCGGUUGCGGAGCGCAUCCGUGUCUCCCGAUACGACGCGGUUCGCGACGCCGGACACGGACGCCGAGACGGUCGUGUACACACCGCACAGAGACGAGGAGCAGGUGCUGCUCGAUACCCGGCGGGCGUUUGUGACGUAUCCGCGAGACGUCUCUUCCGACGCCAAGGCCGAGAUGCAGGAAGACCUGCAGGCGCUGAUCUGUGCCGUGCUUCAGCGCCAUCCGGCGCUGCACUACUUCCAGGGCUUCCACGACAUUGCGACGGUCCUAUACCUCACUCUGCUCUCCAGAGUGCCGCGCCCGCGGGAGGGCGCAACGGCGACAGAUCGCGAGGAGUGGGACACGCUUGUGCGCGCCACCGAGGUCGUCGCGCUCAGCCGCGUGCGCGACGGCAUGGGCAAAGACCUCGGCGCUAUGAUGGGCAUGCUCAAGCUCUUGCGGCGCGUCCUCGCCGCCGCUGACCCUGGGUUGUACCGCAUUUCCGCAUCGAUCUCGCCGGUGCCGACGCUGCCGUUCUUUGCGCUCAGCUGGAUCCUCACGCUGUUCUCGCAUGACGUCGACACGCUCGCGCCGGUCCAGCGCAUCUUCGACUAUCUCAUCGCCCGCAAUCCCAUCAGCGCAAUCUACCUCGCCGUGGCAAUCUUGAUGUCGAAGAAGCGGCAGAUGCUCAAGCUCGCUGCGGCUCUGGGACCAGAGGCCCGCCUCGACCCCUCGCUUCUCCAUCCCCUCUUCCAGCGCCUACCGCCACUGUACGCCGAUACACCAGAAGAGCCCCGCCCCCCACCGGACUUUCACCCUCCCGAGCACGGGGCCAAGUACGACGAGCCGAACCCAUAUGCGCCCAUUGCGCUGAGCGGCAUCUUCCAGCUUGCCGACAAGCUACAAGCCAAACAUCCGUUUGACGGGUCACGCAUCCGCGCACAUGAAGUGCUGGGUCCGGGCAGCGUAGUGCGGACAUAUGCGCGCGAACUAGGCGACAGCCUAAACCAUAACAGCGAGCUCGACGAUGGAGAGAUGGACGAGAAAGCGGCACUCAAGGGCUGGACACUGGCCGACGCCGAGGCGUGCAUCGACAAGGAUGUCGUGCUCCCCGGCGGCAGUGAGCUCGACGACGACGACGAGACUGUUCCCUGGCCAGAUCGACUGGGCGAGCUCGCGCGGUCGCAGCGCGUUGUGACUGCGCUCACGCUCGGCGUGCUCUUCCUAGGCGUCGGGGCGGCGCUGUACCGCUCCAGUGGGAGAUACCGACUCGCUGGGCUGUGGGCGAGUUAUGUGCGACGCGACAUGUCGUGGGCACGUGCGUAUUUUGGGCAUUAUGUCCGGUACGUUCCGGCGCUGCGUGACUUGUAGCGUGCGGCGUGCAGUUGUUGGACUGAGACUGGGAGUGUUAUCAACAUGGGAUAGAGCCAGGCACAGUGCUACAGGGCGAUUUGUAUUGAAACACUACUAUUGAGAUCGGGAUAUACGGAUGUAGGACACGGGCCAGGGACGAGGAAUCGGCAAGUGAUGCCGUCAACGGCGCUCGGCUGCGGCAUCGCGGCAUGCUCUGAAGCCAUCCACGGAAUGAGAUGUAUGCACCGGCGGUCAGCAGCAGUAGGCGGCCGUGCAGGUCGUGUGUGGGAGGAGCAUGUGCUGCCAACAACCUCCAUGUCCGGCGGAG